AUAGAGGCUGGGGGGGGGGGAGGUCAAGCGUAGCCUCUUCUCCUUUACCAAGAUGGCGGCUUGCCCCUGUUUCGCCACAGUUCCUACCUUAUGAGCUUGGUUUGCUUACGCUGAUAAGAGUGGAACAGCAAAAGCUGGCAGGCUGACAGAGGCGGCCUCAGGACGGACUUUCUGGCUACUGACCGUUUUGCUGUGGCUCACCCGGAUUGUGUGUAGGCGCGAGAUCAACCAUGAGCUCCGUUGCAGUUUUGACCCAAGAGAGCUUUGCUGAACACCGAAGUGGGCUGGUUCCGCAACAGAUCAAAGUUGCCACUUUAAAUUCAGAAGAGGAGAGCGACCCUCCAACCUACAAGGAUGCCUUCCCCCCACUCCCUGAGAAAGCAGCUUGCUUGGAAAAUGCCCAGGAACCUGCCGGCGCCUGGAGUAACAAGAUCCGGCCCAUCAAGGCUUCUGUCAUCACUCAGGUAUUCCAUGUACCCUUGGAGGAGAGAAAAUAUAAAGACAUGAACCAGUUUGGAGAAGGUGAACAAGCAAAAAUCUGCCUUGAGAUCAUGCAGAGAACCGGCGCUCACCUGGAGCUGUCUCUCGCCAAAGACCAAGGCCUCUCCAUCAUGGUCUCUGGGAAGCUGGAUGCUGUCAUGAAAGCCCGGAAGGACAUUGUUGCUAGACUGCAGACUCAGGCUUCAGCAACUGUUGCCAUUCCCAAAGAACACCAUCGCUUUGUUAUUGGCAAAAAUGGAGAGAAACUGCAAGACUUAGAGCUAAAAACUGCAACCAAAAUCCAGAUCCCACGCCCAGAUGACGCCAGCAAUCAGAUCAGGAUCACUGGCACCAAAGAGGGCAUUGAGAAAGCUCGCCAUGAAGUCUUGCUCAUCUCUGCUGAGCAGGACAAACGUGCUGUAGAGAGGCUAGAGGUGGAGAAGGCAUUCCAUCCCUUCAUUGCUGGGCCUUACAAUCGACUCGUUGGUGAGAUCAUGCAGGAGACGGGGACGCGCAUCAACAUCCCGCCACCCAGUGUCAACCGGACAGAAAUCGUCUUCACUGGGGAGAAGGAGCAGUUGGCUCAGGCCGUGGCUCGAAUCAAGAAGAUUUAUGAGGAAAAGAAAAAGAAGACCACGACUAUCGCAGUGGAGGUGAAGAAAUCCCAGCACAAGUAUGUCAUUGGGCCCAAAGGCAAUUCCUUGCAAGAGAUCCUGGAAAGAACUGGAGUUUCUGUGGAGAUCCCACCCUCAGACAGCAUCUCUGAGACUGUGAUACUUCGAGGCGAGCCUGAAAAGCUAGGGCAAGCGUUGACUGAAGUCUAUGCCAAGGCCAACAGUUUUACAGUCUCCUCCGUCUCUGCUCCUUCUUGGCUUCACCGUUUCAUCAUUGGCAAGAAAGGGCAAAACCUGGCCAAAAUCACUCAGCAGAUGCCAAAGGUUCACAUCGAAUUCACAGAGGGCGAGGACAGGAUCACCCUGGAAGGCCCCACAGAGGACGUGAAUGUGGCCCAGGAGCAGAUUGAAGCCAUGGUCAAAGACUUGAUUAACCGGAUGGACUACGUGGAGAUCAACAUCGACCACAAGUUCCACAGACACCUCAUUGGGAAGAGCGGGGCCAACAUAAACAGAAUCAAAGACCAGUACAAGGUGUCUGUGCGCAUCCCUCCCGACAGCGAGAAGAGCAACCUGAUCCGCAUUGAGGGGGACCCACAGGGCGUGCAGCAGGCCAAGCGGGAGCUGUUGGAGCUCGCCUCUCGCAUGGAAAAUGAGCGAACCAAGGAUCUAAUCAUUGAGCAAAGAUUUCAUCGAACAAUCAUUGGGCAGAAGGGUGAACGGAUCCGUGAAAUUCGUGAUAAAUUCCCAGAGGUUAUCAUCAACUUUCCGGACCCAGCACAGAAAAGUGAUAUUGUCCAACUCAGAGGGCCGAAGAAUGAGGUGGAAAAAUGCACAAAAUACAUGCAGAAGAUGGUGGCAGAUCUGGUGGAAAACAGCUAUUCAAUUUCUGUUCCAAUCUUCAAACAGUUUCACAAGAACAUCAUUGGGAAAGGAGGUGCAAACAUUAAAAAGAUUCGGGAAGAAAGCAACACGAAGAUCGACCUUCCAGCAGAGAAUAGCAAUUCAGAGACCAUUGUCAUCACAGGCAAGCGGGCUAACUGCGAGGCCGCCCGGAGCCGCAUUCUGUCCAUCCAGAAAGACCUGGCCAACAUAGCUGAGGUGGAGGUCUCAAUCCCUGCCAAGCUGCACAACUCCCUCAUCGGCACGAAGGGCCGCCUGAUCCGCUCCAUCAUGGAGGAAUGCGGUGGGGUCCACAUUCACUUCCCUGUGGAAGGUUCAGGAAGCGACACAGUUGUCAUCAGGGGUCCCUCCUCAGAUGUGGAGAAGGCCAAGAAACAGCUCCUGCACCUGGCAGAGGAGAAGCAAACCAAGAGUUUCACCGUUGACAUUCGCGCCAAGCCAGAAUACCACAAGUUCCUCAUUGGCAAAGGGGGCGGCAAAAUUCGCAAGGUGCGUGACAACACAGGAGCCCGCAUCAUUUUCCCAGCGGCGGAGGACAAGGAUCAGGAGCUGAUCACCAUCAUAGGGAAGGAGGACGCUGUCAGGGAGGCCCAGAAGGAGCUGGAGGCCCUGAUCCAGAACCUGGAUAACGUGGUUGAAGACUACAUGCUGGUGGACCCCAAGCACCACCGUCAUUUUGUCAUCCGAAGAGGCCAGGUCUUGCGGGAGAUUGCUGAAGAGUAUGGUGGGGUGAUGGUUAGCUUCCCACGCUCCGGCACGCAAAGUGACAAAGUCACCCUCAAGGGUGCCAAGGACUGUGUAGAGGCGGCCAAGAAGCGUAUUCAAGAGAUCAUCGAGGACCUGGAAGCUCAGGUGACCAUUGAAUGUGCCAUACCCCAGAAAUUCCAUCGAUCCGUCAUGGGCCCCAAAGGUUCCAGGAUCCAGCAGAUUACUCGGGACUAUAAUGUUCAAAUUAAAUUCCCAGACAGAGAGGAGAACCCAGUCCAUAAUGUAGAGCCGGCUAUCCAGGAGAACGGGGACGACGCCGGGGAUGGGAGAGACGCCAAAGAGGCUGACCCUGGCUCUCCAAGGAGGUGCGACAUCAUCACCAUCUCUGGCCGAAAGGAAAAAUGUGAGGCCGCCAAGGAAGCCCUGGAGGCACUGGUUCCCAUCACCAUUGAAGUGGAGGUACCCUUUGACCUUCACCGGUACAUCAUCGGGCAGAGGGGAAGUGGGAUCCGCAAGAUGAUGGACGAGUUUGAGGUAAAUAUACACGUGCCGGCACCUGAACUGCAGUCUGACAUCAUUGCCAUCACGGGCCUUGCUGCCAAUUUGGACCGGGCCAAGGCUGGGUUACUGGAGCGUGUGAAGGAGCUGCAGGCAGAGCAGGAGGACCGGGCUUUAAGGAGUUUUAAGCUGAGCGUCACUGUAGACCCCAAAUACCAUCCCAAAAUUAUUGGGAGAAAGGGGGCAGUGAUCACCCAAAUCCGCUUAGAGCAUGACGUGAACAUCCAGUUUCCUGAUAAGGACGAUGGGAACCAGCCGCAGGACCAAAUUACUAUCACAGGGUAUGAAAAGAAUACAGAAGCUGCCCGGGACGCUAUAUUGAAAAUUGUAGGUGAGCUCGAACAGAUGGUUUCUGAGGACGUGCCACUAGACCACCGUGUUCACGCCCGUAUCAUUGGUGCCCGUGGCAAAGCCAUCCGCAAAAUCAUGGAUGAAUUCAAGGUGGACAUUCGCUUCCCACAGAGCGGUGCCCCAGACCCCAACUGCGUCACCGUGACAGGGCUCCCGGAGAACGUGGAAGAAGCCAUCGACCACAUCCUCAACCUGGAGGAGGAAUAUCUGGCUGAUGUGGUGGACAGCGAGGCGCUGCAGGUGUAUAUGAAGCCCCCAGCCCACGAGGAGUCCAAGGCACCAUCCAAGGGCUUUGUGGUGCGGGACGCUCCCUGGACCGCCAACAGCAGCGAGAAGGCUCCUGAUAUGAGCAGCUCUGAGGAAUUUCCCAGCUUUGGGGCUCAGGUGGCCCCCAAAACCCUCCCUUGGGGCCCCAAACGAUAAUGAUCAAAAAGCGGAAACCUCUCCAGCCUGCUGACCCAAACCCCACCACACAACAGUUUGUCUCAAUCUGACCCAGCAGCUGGACCCUCCGUAAAUUGUUGACGCUCCCCCUUCCCCGAGGUCUCGCAGUGAAGCCGGGCAUGCCCGGCGCUGAGUGCAGCUGGUUCUCAGGCCUGGCCGGUACCCAGCGCAUGCUCAGGACCUGCUCCCUGACACCUUUGCUCUGGGACGGCUCUCCACUAUUGUGAACACUAACAGAGGUAAUUGGACAUUUCACGAUAAGCUUCCUGGUCCACCCAGCAUGUCAGUAAGGCUCUGGCCUCGACUAUGAGAGCUCCACAGCUGUGGCUGAGUCCACUUCCUGUGUCAUGACCUCAGGAAAUAAAUUUCCUUGACUUUAUAAAAGCCAAAACGUUUGCCCUCUUCCUUUUCCACCUCCCUUUCUCCCCCUGCCUGUCAUCCAGACGCUCCUUGUAGAAUGCAGUCCGCCUUCUUCCAGCUGC